AUGCUAUGGUUGUCUAUACUUUGUGCUGGCUAUACUGAACCUAUUGGUGUAAUUUGGGUUGAAUUUGACCACUCAAGAAAUGGAGGUUACCAUACAUCUGAAAUUGCAUCAGAGAGUGCUCAGACUAUAAAGGUUCAAUCUAUUGAAGUCUUCGCUAUUCCAGCAGAUGAAUUGAAGGAAAUCAGAAAUAACUUUGAUUCAUUGUGUAAAAUACAUAGCAGAUUCAUUGGCCUUGACAUGCGAGUGUCAACUUUGGUCAAUGACACCAUUGGAACACUAGCUGGAGAUGGUUAUACUAACAAUGAUGUUGUUGCGGCUGUGAUCCUUGGUACUAGAUCAAAUGCAGCUUAUGUGGAACGUGCACAAGCAAUACCAAAAUAUCAUGGUCUACUGCCCAAAUUAGGAGAGAUGGUUAUCAAUAUAGAGUGGGGCAACUUUAGGUCAUCACAUCUUCCAUUAACAAAGUAUGACCAUGCAUUAGAUGAUGAGAGUUUAAACCCUGGUGAACAGAUUUAUGAGAAGGUAAUAUCUGGUAUGUAUUUGGGAGAAAUUGUUCACAGAGUUCUGUGUAGGAUGGCUGAGGAAGCUGCAUUCUUUGGUGACACUGUUCCACCAAAACUUAAAGUGCCAUUUGUAUUGAGGUACUUGGCCCUAGAAUAUGCCACACGUGGCAAGUUGACAGAUAAAUUUGAUGCUUUUUCAUUCGGAGUCAUGCUCUCAUAA